AAAGAAGUUUAAUGAAUAACUUUUAUUCACUGUGCUGUUUUAUGCCUCUAAAGGUCAAUGUUGGUUGCAGUUGAUGAAAACUGCUUAGAUGCAGAAAAAUGGCAUUUCAUUGGUUGACAGAUAUUAUGAUAGGGACUGUUUCCCUUGCUCAUAGGAAGACGUCUAUGUUGUAAUCUCACACAAGAAAGCAAGGCAGAGAGAUUGUUCUUGUAACAGCAAGCAGGCACUCCUUUUUUCUUUAUCUCUUGCUCUGUUUCUCCCACACACAAGGCAGCUCAUUAAGUGAAAUAACAGAAGAGAAAAAUAGCCACAAGACCUAUGCAUCUGUAACAUCACCUCAAUGGCUGAUAUGAAUGCAACACGGACUCUGUCUAGCCCCAACAACUCCAGCAGCUCUUGGCAGGUGGAGGCAGUCAAAGGAGUCCAGAUUGCAGUUACUCUGCUCAUCUUCCUGGUGGGGGUACCACUAAAUGGACUCGUGCUUUGGGCACUUGGACUGCGGCGUCAUCGUCACCUGGGUCGCAGAGGCAGCAAUGAGGAGACGCACGCCGCCAGCAGUUUCCGGAUUUACGUCCUGAACCUGGCCCUGGCCGACCUGGUGCUGCUCCUGCGCACCCCCAUCAUGUUGGGCUACCUUAUUCACAAUUACAGCUGGCCGUUUGGUCGUGCCUUCUGCCAGCUGGUCAUCUUCCUGCGAGGCCUGGGGUUAUACGCCUCUGCUUUCCUGCUCUGUGCCGUGGCUCUGGAGCGAUGCCUGUGUCUGCUCAGGCCUGUAUGGGCUCGACUGCGACGCCCCACCUGGGCUGUUCCUCUAACCUGUGGCAUGUUGUGGCUGAUAGCCACCAUAUUAUCUGUCCCUUACCUCCACACUGUCCCCAUGGAAACAAAUGAGACCUAUCAGUGCCAGGAGAGUGUGGAGUUUAACAUGGCACUGUUUGUCACAGAAACAGUAGCAGGUUUCAUCUUGCCUCUGCUGGUGUUCUUGGGAAGUAACAUGGCUGUUUUGCUCACCAUUAAGCAAGCAGUGCCGCCAACACCCACCUCCUCCUCCCCUUCAACUGCCCGUAGGAUGAUCAGGAUGUACCAAGUCCUCUUUAUCACCAUGCUCCUCUUCCUCACCUGCUGGGUGCCCUAUUUUGUUUGUCGGUUCCUGCAGGCCUUGACCACAGAUGGUCAUAAAUGGAAAGAUCUGCAUUACAGAGCAAAACUCGGCACAUAUAUAUCUCUGUUCCUGGUGUACAUCAAGAGCGCUCUUAACCCUGUGCUGUAUGUGUUUGCUGCACGAGGAUUAAGCCGCGCCAUCAAGGCUUCACUUGCCUCCACUAUAGAAAAACUUUUCAAUGAUGACUCCACAGAAUCCAUACGAAGGAAGUCACUUAAAAACUCACUUAAGAACUCACUGAUGUAGCUGAGAGGUCAGAAUUUCAAUUCUUCAAACUGUUAUUUUUAUGCAUUAAAAUCACAGCUUUCAUCUCUUUAUCAAGUCUUUGAUCUUUGAAAAUGUAAAAGGUGUUAAAUAUUACUUUUAACUGAUUCACUUCUCCAAAAAGAGAGCUGUGUAAAUAAAACAAAGAUUUAAGAAAGAUUGCAUUAGUGGAACACAAAACGUGCUUUGGGCCAUGUGCUUUCCUGAAGUGCACAGCAAAUUGAGAAAAAGUUGAAUAUCAUUAAAGUCACAUUUGCUAUAUGCAGAUGUAAUCCUUUUGACUGAUUUGACUGUAACUUGGGGCGUUAUGAGUCAAAUCAUAGUUUGAUUACAACCACUUCUGUCAUUCUGCUAUGUAACUGUGUGUACUUUCUGACAUGUCACUCCCUCCAAGCAGAGAUCCUUGGCAGGAUAAGACUGAUUAACAGGUUUGGACUGAGCAUGUCAGAGGAAGAUCGCUCAUCGUACCAGAAGUGUAAAGAUUACGGUAGUCUGAACUAUGACAAGUGGAAACAAGAUCAUACAUUUCGUCAAGCCCUGAACCAGGCCGGCUUUCUCUGCUGUCAGCUGAAGAUAUAAGGACGUGUGUCAUCAGUAAAACUGCAUGACGAAGACUAACAAAAUGUUUCUGCCUCUGUUGCAGCACGCAGAGGGCAGGGUCACGGCCGGGCAUGAAAAUGAAUUCAUGAAUCAUCUUGUCCAUAUUUUAGAGAGCAGGAAACACCAUGUUGGUAAACAACAACCCGAAAUGAACACAGCAUCAUUUCAAUGCCAGCUUCCUGGCCCCAGGAUAUCCAUGUUGCUUUCUUCAAGAUGACACACUCUUACACUUCCAUGUGUUUGUCUCAGAAUUUUCUAAGAAACCCGAUACUGAUUUCGCCUUAUCAAGUAUCAACAGUGACUCAGAGCUCUGUUGAGCUCAUGCUCAAAAUGUCCAUAUUAAGCCAGGUCCUAGUCUAUGUAUCUGGUACCAGUUAGCUGUAUCUAAUAAACAAAUGAAUGUAAGCAUGUCUAUAGGCUUUAGUGGACUGAAGCCCAGCAUGCUGAUCAGUAAGCACAUAUCAAUGAUCUCACUGUGAAUGUACCACAUGACGGCUUCACUAUUGAAAAAAAAACAAAACAAAAUGCACAUCUAUUCAGGUGUUGCAGACAAUAGGGUAAAACUGUAAUUAAUGGUAGCACUUUACAUUUGUUUUCUUUCUUCACUGAAAUAUGUAUAUACAAAAUACAUUUUGUAUGUGUUUAUCUAACUGUUGUGAGUCGUUUUGUACUGUUCGGUAAGUGCUAUUCAAAUAAACUCUUAUUAUAAACUAUAAAAA